CCCGUCAUGAAGGCGUCGCUGUCAGAAGCCGAGAUGAUGGCGGCGGCGGCGGCGCUCGUGUCGUGGUGCACGGGGCAGCUGCGCGGCACUUUUGGCCUGGAUGUCAGCGAGGAGAUUAUCCAAUAUAUUUUGUCUAUUGAUGACGAGGAAGAGAUUCGUGAGUAUGUCGCGGAUUUAAUCCAAGGGAGAGAUGGCCAGAAGAAGUGCUUCAUAGAUGAGCUUGUAGCCAAGUGGAAACAGUCCCGUUCUACAACUUUGGAUCCUUUGCCGCUGUAUCAGAAAAAGGAUGAUAUUUCGGAUACUCCUCGGCCAGGAGACCAGACAAAGAGAGGAAGGCAUAAAGGGAGAAAUAAACAGGAAACACCUAUUUAUGUUGAAACCUGCCAGCUUGUAGAGAAAGCAAAAACACCACUCGAUUUAGCCAAGGCCCAGGAGUUCCCCAGAGGCAACAGCUCUGGUUCCAUCAAGAAGAAGGCAAAAUACGUCAAUUUGUACACAAAAGAAGGUCAGGACAAGCUGGCCGUCAUGCUUCCAGGACGCCAUUCCUGUGAGUGCCUGGCCCAGAAGCACAAACUCAUCAACAACUGUUUGACAUGCGGGCGCAUCGUUUGUGAACAAGAAGGGUCUGGGCCUUGCCUAUUCUGUGGAACUCUGGUGUGCACCAAAGAAGAACAGGAUGUCUUGCAACGGGAUUCCAACAAGAGCCAAAAGCUGUUAAAGAAACUUUUGGGAGGUUGGAUGAGACGGUUGAAGCGAUCAGCCUCGGCUCGCUGGUCAAGGCGAAGCAAACUCCGGACGGGAAACUUGAAGACUUGGGAGUCUUGGUGAAUCCACACAUUCUUCAGGCAGCUCCUGUGUGGGUGGACCAAGCUGGUUUGCUCCCACACCGGAAAACGGACAUUUCUGCGGAGAGCAAGAACCUCACAGAUUCAGAAAGAAGUCGCCUACGAAUUCAGGAUCGAGAGAUACAGGAGAUUUCCGAUGGCGGCUGGUGUCUGAGCCUGCAUCAGCCUUGGGCCUCCUUGCUGGUCAAAGGGAUCAAGAGUAUCCGCAGCUGAGCCAGGAGUCGGCUUCUCCAUUUGUCUUCAUCUGUUCUAACCCCCAGGAGAUGGUUAUUAAGUUUCCCAUCAAGGGCAAACAUAAACUCUGGAAGCUGGAUUCCAAGAUUCACCAGGGAGCGAAGAAAGGGUUAAUGAAGCAAAAAAUAGCUGCCUGAGUUCCCAAAGCCUCCUCUUCCUCCUCUACUACAAUCCCCAUCGUACUCGCCCGACAGAACGGAUCUCUGGCAGAGGUUUCAGGAGUGGCAGCCCCAGGAGGGCUGAUGAGUAAGCACCAGCACUUAGGAACUCAAGGGUUUGAA